AAUGCGAAAUCGACGAAGGACUCCAGCAGCAGGCAGACGAGGGAGGAAUUGGGCAAUGGGCGUGGGGUCACCCGGCCCGCUAUGUCCCCCCCCCGCCUUGCAUGAGGAUAACGUAGAGGAUAGCAGGGACACAAAUAGGGAAGACCUGUACACUUGUUCCGGAGUGUGGGUGGUUCUAGUGCCACGCCAUGGAGCGCUGACAGCUGAAGCCACGAGAAGCAUUGUGAAUUGCGUCCAGGCAUGGCAACAAUGGCCACAGCAUGUCUCUGCCCUUGUGCAUUUUCUGCUCUCGUGAGAGCCGAUACCAAAACUGCGCCUGACAGUGGAAAUGGAGCUUCGGUGGGCGGUCAUGUGGCCAGAAACAGACCUGGUCUUCGCGAAUUUCAAAAGCUGAAUGCGGGUCCUCUUUUUACACCCCUUGCGCCCACGAGGAGGAGCUUGCCUUGCCCACGAGCCGACUUAGACCAAGACACGAUUCUGGCCAUCGGCGUCGGCGUGGCAGGACUCGCUGUCGGAAUCGGCAUUCCCGUUUUCUAUGAAACGCAAGUGAAGGGCUCAGAAAAAAGAGAGAACGAUCAACCUUGUUUCCCAUGCAAGGGCACCGGAUCUCAAACGUGUCGAUUUUGUGCCGGGGCAGGAAACAUCACCGUGAUGAUAGGCGUCGGUGAGAAGGAGGUGUCCAGUUGCAUCAACUGUGAAGGAAAUGGCGCCAUCACUUGCACGACAUGUCAAGGCUCUGGGGUUCAACCCCGUUACUUGGAUCGCAGGGAGUUCAAGGACGACGAUUAGUCUCCGAUCCUCGUCGAUUCUCUGAAAGUGGUGAGUUCGCUGUGAGUGGACUCUGCACUGAGCACGGAGAGAUGUUCCCAUGGACACGAGAGCGCUGGAGCUCUUGGAGGAGGGGGGUUUGAAUGAGGGUUGCUAUGAUCUUUGACUACGACCGUCCGAUGGUCCGAUGGCGCCGUGGUAGCCGCUCACCGACGCAGUCGAGCCGUUGGGGCGGUGAGUGUCGUCUUUACUGAUAUGGUGUUUGUACUGAUCCUUAGUUCCAGCACAUGGUGUUGUGGAGUACGGGGGCGAUCGGCCGCACAUUUGCGCGCAACGUUUUGUAAAAGCUUGUCGUGGAAUGAAACGAUUUUCUGCAAUUGCAGUGAGAAAUUUC